AUACCACCAUGUCCAAAACUAGCCAGAUUCGAAACGUGUCAGUUGGACCCCUGUAUGCUAGAUCCAUGCAAACCAGAACCAACGGUUGUUAUCAUUGGUGCAGGAAUGGCUGGACUUUCAGCGGCGCAUCGGUUGGCGCAAUGUGGCCUUCAAAAUUUCACAGUAUUAGAGGCAACGGAUAGACCAGGAGGUCGAAUUCAUUCAUGUUGGUUGGGUGAUGUGGUGGCCGAGAUGGGUGCAACCUGGAUCGAAGGAGGGUGCGUGGCGAAUCCUGUAUUCACGUUAGCUGCUCAAGAAGGUCUUCUGAAGCCACCGCUCUUCAGGCCUGAUCCGAGUCGUGGUCUUUUUUGUACAAGCGAUGGCCGCGCUAUCGACCUUCCUGUCAGCAUUACGGCUUAUCAUACGUUUCGGCAGAUCGAGCAACAGGCGGCAACUCUUUUCUCUCUAGGUUGUGGCCGCACUCACGGAACGUUGUUGAAUUUUAUGGGCGUUCGAAUUCAGCAGGAGCUCCACAAUUUUCCGGAGGAGCAACGAUAUGACGCGGCCAGGGUGAUGUACGGGAUGACAAACUGCGUGAGAUGUCGAUGCGGAGAUGAUCUGUCGCUGGUUUCUGCAGAUCAGUUUGGAAGUUAUAUCGAGAUACCUGGUGGUAACGUGAGAGUGCCCCUUGGAUACGUCGGAGUGCUUGCACCUCUGUUACGAGAUUUGCCGAGUUGUGCUCUCAAAUACUGCAAACCAGUGAGUUGCAUUAGAUGGGGCGCCAUAAGCGAUUCGUGUCCUCGAGCAGUGGUGAAGUGCUGCGAUGGCGAGGAAUUUCCAGCCGAUUAUGUGAUCGUCACAGUGUCCCUCGGUGUCUUGAAGCAUCAACACGAUAAACUUUUCUGUCCAGCAUUACCCGCGGAAAAAGUCGAAGCUAUUUGCAAAUUAGGAUACGGAUACGUAAAUAAAAUAUUCCUGGAAUAUGCAAGGCCGUUCUGGGUUUGGAAGGAAGGAGGCAUUAAACUGGCUUGGUCGGCUGAUGAACUCGCUGACAGAUGCGACUGGGUGAAAGGGAUUUCGAUAGUGGAAGAAUUAUCGACUUCCCAACAUGUUCUGUGUGCGUGGGUUUGUGGCCGAGAGGCAGCAGAUAUGGAAUUGUGCUCCGACGAAGAGGUCGUGGAGUCGAUAACGAGAGUUCUUCGACAAUUUACCGGUGAUCCUACACUUCCCUAUCCAGCAAAUCUUCUCAGAAGCAAAUGGUGCAUGGAUCAAUACUUUGCUGGUUCAUGUAGUUACAUGGGGAUGGACAGUACCGUUGGUCAUCAAUGUGAUUUAGCUAGUCCAUUGCCAGGUACCUGCGAGCCUAUACCACCGAUUCUUUUAUUCGCUGGAGAAGCCACGAUUCCAGGACAUUACAGUACAGUACACGGCGCCAGAUUGAGCGGUAUUCGCGAAGCGGAAAGAAUAAUUCAAUUAACGAAACGGUUCGGUGGUCCACCAACGAAAACAUCCGAUAACAGCUGAGUUCGCAUAUAAUUUCGUGCAAGUAACAAGUUAGUACAAAUGGUAUUCGUCAUAGUAAACGUGGCCGUCUUCUGUCCAAGAUGACACCGAUCGACGCAUUUCAUUCAAAUAAAAUCUUUUACAUUUGAAAUCUGACGAAACUAAGACAUCGAUGAUUUUAUAUUAUUUAUGUAAAGCACG